UUCCUUUUAGAUACAGAUGGUGAUGAACAUUUGUCAGAAACUGAGUUUGCAGAGAUGCCUCAAGAUGAUGACAGUAAAUUGAGUGAAGAAAACUGGAAGAAGGAGAGAAUAAGAGAGUUUAAGGAGUUCAUUGACACCAAUCAUGAUGGAAAAGUAAACAGACAAGAACUGCUGUUGUACAAUGAUCCAGAAAAUCCUGUUCAUUCCAAACGAGAAGCGGAAGAUCUCAUUUCUAAGGCUGACACCAACAAAGAUAACUCUCUGUCUCUUCAGGAAGUUUUAGCUCAGAAAAAUAUUUUCCUUGGCAGCAAAAUGGUAGACACUGCUCGCAGUUUCCAUGAUGAAUUCUAAAUAGCUGUGAUAAUUUGUAAUAAGGUUUUUUUUUGGGUUUGUUAAUGCAAUAAUAUAGUAUAAUAUUUACAUUAACUGUUGCAGUAUUAAAAGAGCAACUCAAACUAUUUGUAGUUCUGAAAAAAUGGUAAGAGAUCGAACGACCUGUGAUAAUUUAUAAUAACUUAACCCUUAAAUCACGAGAUGAUAGUACAGAAAUUGCUAUCUUAUUGUGGCAACUUCGAACAAGAGAAAAUCUGCUAGACCAAUUUCUUGUAUAAAACUGUACAUUAGUUUAAGUUUUGAUUUCUUUCUUUGAAAACCACAAUAAAAAGUCUUCUCAGCACAAGGCUACUUUUGCUCAAGGUCAUUUCAUUUAGACUUGCACUGUAAGAAUGGUGUUCAACAUGUUCAUGACAUAUAGGACUCUCUAUAACUCUUUCUUAUGAUUUUCAUCAUUACAGGUCUGAUGAGUCAUAUCUUAGUCUGUCAAUAAAACUGGUUACAAUGAGAAGAACAAAAUAUCUUAUUGUUCAAUCUUCUUUCGUUGGAUAUUAACAUUGUUGAAUGGCCUCUCUUUCUGAUCACUUUAACUUUAGAAUGAACUCCAUCAUGACUGCGUCUGAAACAUUUGUAUUUCAUGCAAACAUCAUACCUGGCAACAUUACUCAUGUAACUAAAGUAAACAUAACUUUCUGAUAGUCACACUGACAACAGGACUAUUAUAGGUGGCCUGGUGGUUAGGGUACUUGACUUGCAAUCUGCGGGUCGUAGGUUUGAAUCCCCAUCCCAACCAAUAUGCUCGCCCUUUGAGCCGUGGGGACGUUAU